AUGCGUGACUCAUCUAAGACGCCCGAGCGCGACGGCAAAGAUGCUCCCGUCGAUGCCGAUGACAGUGGCGAUGAGGAUGUUUUUCACGACGCACACUUCCCCGCAGAGGAAGAAGCCAAGCUCCUAAAGGAAGCGCACGAAAUCAAAUCAGAAGCAAAUGAGUUAUUCAUUGCAAAGGUCUAUGACCAAGCGAUAUCCUGCUACGACCGAGCCCUCGCCUCCUGUCCGAACUACCUUGACUUCGAUGUCGCCGUGAUCCAUAGCAAUAUCGCUGCUUGUCACUUGAAGUUGGAAGACUGGAAAGCUGCAGUAGAGUCUGCAACAAUCUCCAUCAAUCGCUUAGACAAGCUUAUUCCGCCGACGACGCAGGACAAAAACGAUGAGUCGGAAGGCAAAGAAUUACCGGGAUCCGAGGGAAAGCACACAGACGAAGUGGUGGAGAUAUCUGGAGAUGACGAAGACGCUGAAUUAAAGGAACUGGAGCGAUUGAAAGAGCAGGAUGAACUGCGGAGCAAAGUCAUGCGACUUCGAGGCAAGGUUCUCCUGCGACGCGCAAAAGCGAAGACGCAAAUCGGUGGCUGGGGUAGCUUGCAAGGUGCUGCAGAGGACUACCAAGCUCUUGCUGCUAUCGACAGUCUCCCCGCCGACGACAAAAAGGUCGUGCAGCGUGCGUUGCGGGAACUUCCCAAGCGGAUCAACAAGGCACGGGAAAAAGAGAUGGCUGAUAUGAUGGGCAAGCUGAAGGAUCUUGGAAAUGGUAUCCUGAGCCCAUUUGGCCUGUCCACGGAUAACUUCAAGUUUGUCCAAGACCCGAAGACGGGGGGUUAUAACAUGAACUUCCAGUCUUAA